ACUUGGUCAUCUUAAUUAGAAACUAAACAACGCAUUAUUGUCUGCCCAAUUCUAUGGGGUUGCAAAGUUCCAGCACGGGUUGACUGACGAAUGGUCAACCCGUGUCAGCAUAAGAGUGGAAAAAGUUGACUACCGAUUAUUGUUGUAUUGUUGACUCAAGUUGGCUUGAACUUCACAAGGAAAAUCUAUGCCGUUGUCUCGCAAGUCGAAUAUACAAACCACAAUUGUUAGUUAGUGCGACAUAGUGCAAUAUCGGUUACACACGCGCCGACGACGACGACGACGCGCAGCAUAAGAACAUCUUCAAUAACCAUUCAAUUUGGUGAAUUGUUUCCGUGUGGACCGAGAGGAACCAAAGGUCUCGCUUAUCAAAAUGAGUAUCCGCUCCAUUAAAACGGCGGCCGCGUUGGGUUACAACGUGAAGUGCAUGGAGAAUGGAGAUCAGAACAAACGGAAAGAAAGUAAAUGUGAAGAUUUUGACGACAUUUUGGAGCUAGUGGGAUCCCAGGGAAAGUUUCAGAAAUUUCUUUUGUACGUCGUCCUCUGUCCGGUCACGGCUAUUGAACCGGUCCUAGCGUUGAACAUGUUGUUCAUGUUGUAUGAACCAGAUCACUGGUGCAAUGUUCCAGGUAGACCUGAAAAUAUGACAUUGGAUUCAUGGAAAAAUCUCACAAUUCCCAGAGAGCUGGAUGGAACGUUUAGUAAAUGUGAAAUGAUCACUGCAAAUUCAAGCAGGGCGAGUUGCAGUUUUGGUUGGGAAUACGAUCGGAAGGAUUACGAUUUAACAAUACCCUCCCAGUAUAAUUGGGUUUGUGACAAAAGCGAGUGGGCGACCUGGGCUUUGACAUUCGGUGGGCUUGGAAACGCGGUCGGAACAAUUGUUUACGGGAUGCUAGCGGACCACAAAAUGGUUGGGAGGAAGCCCAUCUUUUUUUUGUGCUUGGUAUUGAACGUGUUUGGGAGAAUUGCCAGCUACUUUUUUCCCAGCAACUUUUACGUUUUCCUCGGACUCUUGUUCUUAACCGGCACGGGGUUCCCAAUGAUAUUUAUAGCCCCGUGCAUGAUCUGUGCUGAAAUAUCCGACAGAGUUUUUCGAGCAUGGAUAUAUUCAUGCACGUGGAUGAUUUGGGUUAUAGGAAUGGCGUCACUUCCGCUAAUUGCUUGGCUAGCCAGAGAUUGGUUUUACAUCGGAAUGAUAACCACAGUUCCAAUGGUGUUGGUUUUUGGGUUUUACAACUAUAUUCCCGAGAGCCCGAGGUGGCUCAUUUCCGUGGGUCGGACGGAAGAGGCUGCACUUAUUAUUAAGAAAAUGGCAGAAAAAAAUGGAACGUCGGAUAAGAUUUCAGACACCCAGUUGGACUCCAUGUUAAAACUAAUCGUUUCAAAGCAAAAUCAAAAUCGUCAAAGGGUUGGCGUGUGGACUUUAUACAGUCGUCCACGUCUAGCCCUCAAAACAACGCUGAUUACUAUCGCCUGGGUUAUGAACGGCACCAUUUAUUACGCGAUCACUCUCAACUCAUCCAACCUCUCGGGGAACCAAUUUGUCAACUUUUUUAUCCUGGCAAUGAUAGAAAUCCCAGCCGGAUAUUUUGGCAGCGUUCUCGUGGACAAGGGUGGACGUAGGUGGACACAAGUAGCUUUUUUCAUACUCUGUGCAUUCGCCAGUAUUGUUGCUGGGGUUGCCUCGCCUCACAAACACAACGAGGGAUGGGCCAUUGCCUCCGUGGUGGGCGCAGUCGUGUCCAAAUUUGCAAUUACUCUCACGUUUCUCGUCGUGUAUUUACAAGCUACGGAGAUUUUCCCAACAAUCAUUCGGUCAACAGGGAGUGGGUUUGCGUCAACAAUAUCAUCAAUUAUUGGAAUUUUUACUCCUUAUAUCGUUUAUUUGUCUAAAUAUAACCUCGGAGCGACCUGGUUUGCCAUUGUCGCAAUGUCGAUUGUUGGAAUGGUUAGCUCUGCAUUUUUGCCUGAGACUCUGGGCCAAUCCUUGCCUGAGUCAAUUGAAGAUGCCGAGAAUUUUGGGAAAGGAACAAAGUUUUGGAGUUUGGUUCCAAAAACUAAAGACGAAAAACCAAUUAAUGAAGCUUAAAGUACCUGAACAAUUAUUGUCUUAUUAUUUUAUAUUAACGACUAUGAUAAUAUCGUGCGAAAGCAUGCAACCAGUAUUCGUGUAUAGUAAAUAUCACCACACAUUCUUUUAUUUUAAUACUUGAUUUGAUAAUUGAAGGACUAACAUUAUAAAUUUUCCUGUUUGGGUAUACAUUUAAUUAGGCAUAUUUACCAUGUAAGACUUAUUCUAUUUUAUUGAGACUUUGUGAUAGGCCAUGUUUUUUGGUACUUCUAAACGCCAUACUGUCUAAAUAAUAAAUGCCAUAAUAUGAUGCGA